CGGGCGCACCCCAUCCCGCGCGCUCCUCGCGCUCUCCCGCGCAGCGCGAGUCUCCUCCCGCCCCGCACGUCCUGUCCCGUGCGGUGCAGCCCGGCCGGAGCGGCGAUGCGCCUCAUCCAGAACAUGUGCACCAUCGCCGAGUACCCCACUCCGGGCAGCGCCGCCGCCGCCGCCGACUGCUGCCUGGGGGCCGCGGGCCGCCGGCUCGUCAAGAUCGCCGUGGUGGGGGCCAGCGGCGUGGGCAAGACCGCUCUGGUGGUCCGGUUCCUCACCAAACGAUUCAUUGGCGACUAUGAGAGAAAUGCAGGUAAUCUCUAUACCAGACAAGUCCAGAUAGAAGGUGAGAUGCUGGCGAUUCAAGUUCAGGACACUCCAGGUAUUCAGGUCCACGAGAACGGCUUGAGCUGUAAUGAACAGCUGAACCGGUGCAUUCGCUGGGCAGAUGCUGUGGUGAUGGUUUUCUCCAUCACCGACCACAAGAGCUACGAACUCAUUGGCCAGCUCCACCAGCACAUCCAGCAGCUCCACCUGGGAACCCGGUUGCCUGUGGUGGUUGUGGCCAAUAAAGCCGACCUGUUGCACAUCAAGCAGGUUGACCCUCAGCUCGGACUGCAGCUGGCCAGCAUGCUGGGCUGCUCCUUCUAUGAAGUGUCCGUCAGUGAAAAUUACAACGAUGUCUAUAACGCUUUCCAUGUCCUGUGCAAAGAAGUAAGUCACAAACAGCAGCCCAGCAGCACGCCCGAGAAGCGAAGAACCUCCCUCAUUCCUAGGCCCAAGUCACCCAACAUGCAGGACCUGAAGAGGAGGUUCAAGCAGGCUCUCUCUGCCAAAGUGAGGACUGUCACCUCUGUCUGAAGCAGGACCACUCAAGGGGGUUUGGUCUUCCGGGAAGAGGGCCUGAGGUUCUUCCAGUGCUGGCCAUAGUUCAUGGUUCCAGAAAGGGCUGGAGAGGGGCCCAGGGGCCCUGUGGAACUGCUGCAGGAAAGGAAGUGUGUGG